CUCAGUUGAAUUACAGUGCAGAAUAGGUUCAGUGCGGCUCAUUGAUCGAUGUGAAACAAAGAGUGACUGAAAGUAACGCCCUGUUUUAGGGCUGUAUCUUUUCUUCCUUGUCUCUGUUUCUCCUACUUCUACUUUCCUACACAAUCAGACUCUCUCAGAGCGAUGAGGUAUCAUGUGGAGCUAAGAAUUAAGUUUUCCAAGAAAUAGACCACCUUGGUUAACUUCAGUAUAAUCUACAAACAUCUUUCUGCAAAGAUCUUCGUUUAAAUUCACUGUGCGCAGUCAGAUACCGAAAAAAAAUCUGACUUCAUUUUGGAAAGGAUUUCCUGGUUAAUUUUUCCCAUUUUUUUCCAAGUCCCCCACUGUGCCCCCGUUGGGGCCAUGCCCCACCAGUUGAACAAUGAAACUUCCUUUAGCUCCAAGCAAGAGCUUUUGGUCCUACAAGACAGCCCCCUGGGACCCAAUCCAGACACCCCCAGCCCCGUGGGGUCCCAGGGCUCUGUUCCAGAUAGCCCGUGUGGAGAUGUCAACGUUGUGAUCAACAAGACGAGCAAGCCCGGACUCGAUCUCGCAGAUUCGCCGCUCGGGGUGCAGUUCGUCCCCACGGACUCUGAGAAUCUGUGUGGAUGGGGAGCGCUGACCCCACAGUGUAUGCAGACAUUCAACACCCCCCGCUGGGUUCUGUUCUUCCUCUGCGUGGCGUCCUUCCUUCAGGGUAUGAUCAUCAACGGCUUUAUCAACACUGUCAUCACCUCUAUCGAAAGACGCUUCGACCUGCGCAGCUACCAGGCCGGACUCAUCGCAAGCUCCUACGACAUUGCCGCUUGUUUGUGCCUGACGUUCGUAAGCUACUUCGGCGGAACGGGCCAUAAGCCAAGAUGGCUGGGCUGGGGUGUGCUGAUCAUGGCACUGGGGUCUUUGGUUUUUGCCUUGCCCCAUUUCACCACACCAGCCUAUCAGGUGAGAGUUUCAGAGCACAUGGGACUUUGCUCAGCCAAUCACACAGAGACUUGUGUCGGUGAGGAAGGAGGACUCUCGGCGUACCGCUUUGUCUUUAUGUUGGGACAGUUUCUUCACGGGAUGGGCGCGACCCCUUUGUACACGCUCGGGGUGACCUACCUCGAUGAGAAUGUCAAGUCUAACUACGCACCUGUGUAUAUAGGGAUCUUUUACACGGCCGCUAUUGUGGGACCCGCAGCCGGAUACCUGCUGGGUGGAAUCUUUCUCAACAUUUACACAGAGAUCGACCAAACGACAGAGCUGACCCCUGAGAACCCACUGUGGGUGGGGGCCUGGUGGAUAGGUUUCCUAGCAGGAGGGGCAGCAGCUCUGCUUAUUGCUCUGCCUAUACUUGGAUACCCACGCCAGCUACCAGGCUCUCAAAAAUACGUGGCCAUGCGCGUCUCAGAGGCUCACCAACUAAAGGAUGGCAGCCAGGUCACAGCGUCUGAUCCUCAGUUUGGAAAAACAGUCAAGGACCUGCCCAGGUCUAUGCUGUUUCUUUUUAAGAACCCCACCUUCAUCUUUCUGUGUCUGGCCGGAGCCACAGAGGCCACACUCAUAGCCGGGAUGUCCACGUUUGGCCCCAAAUUUCUGGAGUCUCAGUUUAGUCUCAGUGCAUCAGAAGCAGCUACCUGGUUCGGUUACAUGGUGGUGCCAGCUGGUGGAGGUGGCACCUUAUUAGGUGGCUACAUUGUAAAGAAGCUAAACCUCCGUUGCCGAGGAAUGAUCCGUUACUGCAUGCUGUGUGCACUGGUCAGUCUGAUGGCUAUCUUCACCUUUCUCCUGCACUGUCCUAAUGUGCCCAUGGCUGGUGUGACGGCCCCGUAUUACAGCAACUCACCACAGAACCAUUACAGCGCCCCCUACCUGCAGACAGAAAGCCACAACAACAGCCUUUCAGAGCGGGGCAACCUGACCGUGGGCUGUAACAUGGGAUGUCAGUGUGUUACGGAGCUCUUUAACCCUGUGUGUGGUGCGGAUGGAGUGACGUAUUUCUCUCCGUGCCACGCCGGCUGCAGCUCCACCAACCACACGUACAGCCCCAGAGGCCGACAGGUGUUCUCUGGCUGUAGCUGUGUAGUAGGGAACGUUUCAUGGGGUGAGGAGGGUUUCGCCGAAGACGGAAAGUGUGUGUCGUCCUGCAAUCACAUGCCUGCUUUCCUCACCUUCCUUUUCAUCACCAUCUUCUUCACAUUCCUUUGCAGUGUCCCUGCACUCACUGCCACACUCAGGUGUGUUCCUGACCGUCAGAAAUCAUUUGGACUUGGAAUCCAGUGGAUCGUUGUAAGGACACUAGGUGGGAUCCCGGGCCCCAUAGCGUUUGGUUCAGUGAUCGACAUCUCCUGCCUGCUGUGGGAGGAGAAGUGCGGGGAAUACGGGUCCUGUUAUUUGUACCAUAAUUCAUCCAUGAGUCAAUACUCGCUCAUCGCAGGCAUCAUCUACAAGGUCUUAGGCUCUCUGUUCUUUCUGCUGGCCAGCGUUCUUUAUCAACCUCCUCCUGAGUCUCCUCAGAGCAGCUGCGAGAGCACAGAUGCGGGUGGGCACGACAGUGGGGGAGGGACCAAAGACCUGCCAAUCAAACACCGCCCCCCUGAGAUCAUUGCAAACCCACAUGCCAAGUUUUGACCUCUGUGUGUGUCAACACCAUAUCUGCUUAUGGUUCCCUGUCACUCUGGCUGUCUUUACAUUUGUAGGACAUUCAGUUGUGUUGUACACUAAACCAAAACCAAAAGUCAGAGGAACAGAUUGCAACACUACAUAAAUUGGUAUUUUGCAGCACAUGGCUUCUAGUAAAAAUGUUCUCAUUUGAAAAUAAUGUGCGAGUUAAAUCUUUUUGAAAAUAAUCUAAAUGGAAAAUGACAGACUAUCUUGUGUUGUUUAGAAAAAAGCCAUAGAUGACACAGAAAAGAGCACUUAACACAGUAUAUAAAACAGUAUAUAUAGUAAUGUAACAAACACAAAAAUGACAAAACCGGACUCGAAUGCCAGUCGGUAACACAGAGAGAUGAUACCAGAGUUACAAACUGUGCCUUUUAGCAUCAUAGUUUUGCAUCAUUUGGCACAAUUAGAGGAAGAUUUUACAUGUGUUCAACAUUAAACUCUUUAAAUUGCACUUUACUGAUGGAUAUGUAUAUUUUAACCGUGUGGUAAACAAGGUGCCAUUACAAACAGUUUUGUACUCAAUAUCAUGGCACACAGUUCUGAUUCACAUUCCACCACCACAUAAAAGCAUUUAGUCAUUAUUUUGUGAUUGUCGUAUUUGAUAAAUGUUGAUUUAUCACUAAAAUGUGCCAAAUUACUGCAGCUCGGGACAGAGAGGCUUUCAUAUGUCAUGUCAAGACCUAUUUUUGAUUAAAAAGAGCAAAUAUUUACUAUCCAGGAUGAUAUAUUUCUGAAAAGCACUUCACCCUGAGAUUGCAUUGAGAAAUAUUCAUUGUGUCUUGGAGAUUUUCAACUGCAUUUUGAAAAAAAAAGGAAACAUAGUAAGACCAUUCAAUUAUUAUUAAAAUAACAGAGCACAUGGCAGUAUAUUUUAUAUGUAGCAGGGGUUUGAAUUUUCAAGCUGCUAAAGUCCAAAUAUGUAGAAAACAUAACUAAUAUUUACUUUUAACAAUCGCUAAUACAUAGAGCUCCACAAUGGUAUUUUACGUUUAAGUUUUUUAUUUAUUAAAUCCGAUCAUUUAAAUUUGUGAUUGUGUAUUUAUCAGUUGUAAUUUAUUAUUUUUUGCUGUUUGACCUUCCCUAAUGUGAGAGAUCUCUGAAAAAAAUCUAUUGACUCUCGUGACAAACUAUGAAUGAAAGCAAUGCACUUAAAAUUGAUUUUGCACAAUGAACAUGCAAGACUGAUGUGACAUUUAAUUGUAUUUGUGUGCUGUAUUAUUCUAAUGACUGAAAGAAGUGAAAGAAAAAUGACUGUUUUGUCUCAGAAAGCAUUUGUGAGUGAGCCGUUAUUGUCUUUAUUGAUAUUUGUUCUGAUUUUUUGGCACUGUGUCUAAUCACAAUAUAAUUCGUUUUUUGUACUUUUUUGUGAAGUACUUUUAUAUGCAAAAGUUUUAAUAAAAGCAAAAAA